UCUAUCAUCGACGGCAUAAGGGUAAGAUAUGUCCAAUUUUAURAAUCUAUAGUUUUUAAGAAUUUUAUUUUAAGACAGAAGACUAUUGCUUGGGCUUCCUGUGUUAACAGCCCCACGCAUGCGCAUUACCAAUCCCAAAACAAGAUGGAGGAUUUUUACAACCCGACAGAUGUGACAGAAGAUCUGAAAGCCUUCGAACGUAGGAUGACAGAAUAUCUUGCAUCGCUGACUGUGACGACCACAAGAUGGAGAAUUGUUCUUUUUACUUCGUCAAUGUUAGCGUUAUUUGGUGCCUGGGGUUUGAUAAUAGACGAUGUUCAUCAUGGAUCUAUCCUGCAUUCAUUGUGGUAUCAUAAGCUGUUCACCAUAAGUUGCUGUAAUUUGAUUGUCUUAGUUUUUUGUGGAAUUCACAAGAGAGUAGUGGCACCGAACAUUAUUAUAUCUAGAACCAAGUUGGUCUUACACGAUUACAACAUGUCUUGUGAUGAAAAAGGAAGGCUAAUAUUAAAGGCACGACCAUCAACAGGAGUAGAUUAACAUAGUUAUGAUAUAAAUUAUUUGUAAUGAAGAGAGUUGUGAAACAUUUCCAUUUUGUAAAUAUUUAUUAUCAAAAUUUAUUCUGCACUAAAUUCAUUAUCGAUACAUAAUAUUUUACUUAGCUAAUUCAGUCAAAACAAAUGCACGUGAUAAAUUGCUAGCAGCAUGUAACAUUAUUAUGAAACAUGGCUAAAUAAAAACAAAAUGUUUCAUUAGAAUUAUGAAGGACAGCAGUACUGGACACUUUGACAGCAUCUUGUCAGUUAUCCUUGAUAUUUCUAAUGAAUUAAUGUAUGUCAAUGAAUAUUCUUAUCAAGUCAAUAAAAUCUGUCUUUUCUUGG